AUGUCAGAGUGGGAUGAUGCUGUCCUUUCCGUUGCAAUAAUAGAUUGUAGUUUUUUUUCUGAAACUAUAAAUCGCGAGGAAUUAGAUAGUACGGAUAAUAUCUUAGAUACAUUCAAGGUAUUGUUCCAAGUGAGUAAAAGAUAUGACAAAAUUAUUACCUUGGUUCGAAUAAUAAAAGGUGUUAUUGGGCGUUUGGCUAUUCCUAUACUGAUCAGAAGUUUUAAGGAAGGUCUUGAUGAUGAUGCAGUAAUGACAAGAACCCUUACCUUUGGUGCACCAAUACUUCAAGAGUUUGGCAUCAAUUUCUUGACAUUACUUUUAUACGGAGUUAUGAUUCUGAUGCUCUCUUUUCAAAUAUCUCGGACAAUUGCAAACAAGUUGGAAGACAAAAUAGAAAUAGUUUUCUUAAUAGCAAUAAUUACAAUUCGAACUUUUGGCCCAGUAAGAUUAAAUUGUGGCGGUUUAGACAUAGGUUCUGCAUUUUGUUCUGGAAUUAACCUAUGGUUUGCGGUACAGAGUAUGAUUUGGGCAGUAAAAGGAGUAAAUAUCUUGGAAUAUGGGGUUCCAUUUUGGAAACCAUUUUGA